GCGAUGGCUGUUCGUCAACGGAACUUUGAAGUUGAUUUGAAGAAUGUUGAGUUUGAAACCUCUGAAGAAGUUGAUGUCGUGCCCACUUUUGAUAGCAUGGGACUACGAGACGAUCUAUUACGUGGUGUUUAUGCUUAUGGGUUCGAGCGUCCUUCAGCCAUUCAGCAAAGGGCGAUUAAACAGAUAAUUAAAGGUCGAGAUGUAAUCGCGCAAGCGCAAUCUGGAACUGGCAAAACAGCUACACUGGCAAUGUCUGUUUUGCAAAUACUUGACACCCAGCUUCGGGAAACUCAAGCUCUUAUACUCUCUCCCACCCGUGAAUUGGCCUUGCAAAUACAGAAGGUCAUACUUGCAUUAGGUGACUACAUGAGUGUGCAAUGCCAUGCGUGUUACGGUGGGACCAACAUCGGAGAAGACAUUCGUAAACUUGAUUACGGACAACAUGUUGUUUCGGGCACUCCCGGCAGAGUAUUUGAUAUGAUUCGGAGGCGAAAUCUGAGGACUCGAGCUAUUAAAUUACUAAUUCUUGAUGAAGCAGAUGAAAUGCUCGAUAAAGGUUUCAAGGAGCAGAUCUACGAUGUAUAUCGCUAUCUUCCUCCAGGGACGCAGGUCGUUCUGCUGUCCGCAACAAUGCCUCACGAAAUUCUGGAAAUGACAUCUAAAUUUAUGACAAAUCCAAUAAGAAUACUGGUUAAACGUGAUGAAUUGACUUUGGAAGGUAUAAAACAGUUCUUCGUUGCAGUUGAACGGGAGGAAUGGAAAUUUGAUACUCUUUGUGAUCUUUAUGACACUCUAACUGUUACACAAUCUGUGAUAUUUUGCAACACAAAACGCAAAGUCGAAUGGCUCACAGAAAAGAUGCGAAAGAAUAACUUUACAGUCGCUAGUAUGCAUGGCGACAUGGUACAAAAGGAACGUGAAGAAAUAAUGCGGCAAUUUCGCUGCGGAGAAAGGCAAGUUAUUUCCCUAUCACCUGUUGUGGAGAUGAUUACGUUGGUUUAUAAGCCCUUUCGACACUCCCUAAUAUAUAAUUGCAUUUCAUUCGACUUAGGUAUUUUGUAUACAACUGGCUGCCCAAUUUUCACUUUCUUGUACGACUACAACGAUGAUUUGGCCUUAGACUCGGGCACAGCCUCCUUUAUCUUUGGUGAUAAGAAGACCUUGUAG